AUGUGACUGCAGUGUGUGUAGGUGAGUGUGUGUAUGUAAGUGCAGGUAGACUUCAGUCGCUGAGACGUGUUCAUGCGUUACACACAGACUCCACUCAGGUGUGUAAAUCAUUAAGAUGAUGUUCGAAAAGCCUGAGCUGAGCAAGAAGAAGCUCAUCAUUGUAGUUGUUUUGGCUGUUUCUAUUGUGACUAUCAUACUUGGACUGGGUCUGGGACUCGGACUUCAGCUGGAAAGCUGCAGGAACAAAGCCCCGGUGUCGUGUCGGGACCGCUGCUAUGAGCCGUAUGAUUUCGAGUCUCCAGGAUGCCGCUGUGAUGAGCAGUGCGUUGCCAAUAACAACUGUUGCUAUGACUUCAAGGACAUCUGUCUCCAGCCAACUGAGACCUGGGAGUGCACUACACUGCGCUGUGGGGAGAAGCGUAUCUCCAGCAGUAACUGCCACUGCUCUGCUGACUGUCUGAGUGCUGGAGACUGCUGCACUAAUUAUAACAUCGUCUGUAACGGAGCAAAGUCCUGGGUGGAGGAUGUGUGUGAGAACACGGAGAGCACCAAGUGCCCCAACAAGCAGCCUCUGCUGUUGAUCUCUCUUGAUGGAUUGCGAGCGGAGUAUCAGCAGACGUGGCACUCUCUCAUGCCAGUGCUGGACAAGCUACGAAAGUGUGGAACUUCCACCACCUUCAUGCAGCCAGUGUUUCCCAGUAAAACCUUUCCCAACCACUAUUCCAUAGUAACGGGGAUGUACUCUGAGUCUCAUGGAUUGGUGGAUAACAACAUGUAUGAUCCUGUAUUUGAUGCUACAUUCGGUCUGUCCAAUCCUGAGAAAGACAAUCCCAGAUGGUACCAAGGACAACCGAUCUGGCACACAGCGAUGUAUCAGGGUCUGAGAGCAGGAACGUUCUUCUGGCCAGGAUCAGACGUGGCCAUAAAUGAAACUUUCCCAAACUUAUAUGAGAAAUAUGAUGGAACGGUCCCAUUUGAGAAGAGAGUGUUUACUGUGCUGAAAUGGUUACAGCUGCCUGAAACUCAGCGACCAGAUUUCCUCACUCUGUAUCUGGAAGAACCGGAUAAAUCUGGACACAACUAUGGACCUGUCAGUGGAGGGUUGGUCAGUGCCAUCCAGGGAGUGGAUAAAGUGAUGGGACACCUGAUGAACGGACUGAAACAGCUCAACCUUCACGAGUGCAUCAACAUCAUUGUUGUAGCUGAUCACGGCAUGGCUGAAACUAGCUGUGACCGGACGGAGGCGCUGCAGGACCUGGUGGGAGACGUCUCACACCUGUACGUUACUCAAGGUCCAUUUGGACGAAUCAGAGCAGCAGACAAAACAGUGACCUUGGACGCCGCAGGGCUGGUGGCCAACAUGACAUGCAAGAAGCUUGAUCAGAAGAUAAAGGCCUACUUGAAGUCUCACAUGCCAAAACGCUUCCACUAUGCAAACAACCGGCGUAUAGAGGACGUGAAUGUGCUUGUUACCUCACGCUGGCUGUUUGAAAGUUUCCCAGGUGCCCUCACAUUCUGCUCUGGUGGAAAUCAUGGCUAUGACAACGAUGACUACAGCAUGCAGGCUAUGUUCUUAGGUUAUGGACCCAAAUUUCAGUUUCAGACCGAAGUGGAGCCGUUCUCCAACAUUGAGCUGUACAAUCUCAUGUGUGACAUAAUGGAAAUCACUCCAGCCCACAAUAACGGAAGUCAUGGCAGCCUGAACCACAUGCUGCGGACUCCGCCCUUCUCACCACAGCACCCGCAAGAACAAAGCCUCCCCGGCCAGUGUCCUCUGGCCACCCUGGUGCCGACUAAUCCACUGGGCUGCUCAUGCCCUGCACUGAACGGCUCCAAUCCCAACUCUCGACUCAACCUGACUGACGCUGAAAAGGCUGCUAGUGAGAAGAAACACCUGAUGUUUGGGAGACCCCGAGUCCUGCAGUCCCUCUCUGAAUACUGUCUUCUGCACCAAGAAGGGUUUAUCAGUGCCUACAGCCGAAACACACACAUGCCUCUGUGGAGCUCAUUUACCGUGGAAAAACCGGCUGGAGGAAGUUCUGACCCUCUGCCAGGAGUGACGGAAGACUGUCUGAGGCCAGAUGUUCGAAUCCCAGAGGAUCAGAGUCCCACCUGUGAUCAAUACACCAACGCCGGCAACGUCACACAUGCCUUCCUGUACCCGCCCAGUCUGAACAGUACAGCAGAAGAACAGUAUGAUGGGCUGAUUCUCAGUAAUGUGAUUCCGAUGUAUCCAGAGUUUAAGAAGAUAUGGCAGUAUUUUCAGGACGUCCUGCUGGUAAAGUAUUCCUCUCAGUAUAAUGGGAUUAACGUGGUGACCGGCCCUGCCUUCGACUAUAACUACGACGGCCACUUCGACACAGCCGAGCAAAUUCAAGAGUUUGUUACAGGAACUGGUAUUCCCAUUCCCACUCAUUACUUUGCAGUUGUGGCAAGCUGCUUGGACGCGAGUCGGCCGGUGACGGACUGCGCGGGAGAAUUUUACACCAUCUCCUUCUUAUUACCUCACAGACCCGACAACUCAGAGAGCUGCAUGAGUAAUCAAGCAGAGUCCACCUGGGUUGAGGACCUGAUCUGGUUCCAUCAGUCACGCGUAAUGGACGUAGAGUGGAUCACAGGACUGAGCUUCUUCCAGGACAGCGGUCGCCCGGUUCCUGAGGUCCUGCGGGUGAAGACCCGGCCCACUGCAGCCAUUCAGAGAAGAACAUGAAGGAUGUAAUUUACAUAAUCAUGAAAAUCCACAUGAAAUUCAUGUUUUAAUAUAAAACCAGGCAAAUUUAUGGAUAUAUAAAAUUAUGUAUUUUAAUGCUGCUUACAAUCUAAGCAAAAAUUGGUUCUUUAAAGUUCUUAAAAAGGGUUAUUUGACUUUUAACAAGAGUGGAAACGUUUUGGUUCCAUAGAAA